UUCGGAUGGGCCUCUGCAACUAGGCAACGGUUUCCAUGACGAACAGAAUCAACUCGCAGGCGGCGGUAGAGGAAGAAGUACUGUACAAGAGACUAGGCCAUGGUGGAGUGUGAAUGGUGGGGGAGUUGUGGAAGAAGACAACCUCAUCCUUAAUGGCCCUAUCGCCCUCGCCAUCGUUAAUGGCGACGCUGAAGCGUUGAAGAUUCAAAUAGAACAGGUGAGAGCUUGUAUGGUGGCAAGCCAGUUAUCCAAAUUGUGGUGCUGAUAGAAGAGAAUAUUUCUAGCUCGGAGUUGACCUGUGGGGGCCUUAUGGGAGGCCUGACACCAGAGGUCAGAAACCCAGGACCAGAACAUUCCUGCUGUCAACUUUCAAGGCCACUUUUAUUGCCAAUAGAAAACUGGCAUCAGAUAUGGCAUUUGCACCUCCCAAAAACCUGAAUAGUGCCAAGAUGCAAACAAAGAUGAGCACCUGGACACCACUGAAUCAUCAGCUCAUGAAUGAUAAGGUAUUUGAAGAAAGAAGAAACUUGUUGAGGAAAUGGUUUGACAAGUGGACUGACAGUCAAAGGCGAAGAGUCCUGACAGACUUCUUGGAGCACUGCUCCCUUUCACAACUGAAAUUCUGUUUCAAACUGCUGCAGGAUCAAGUGCCAAUUGAAGCGUUGGAUUUCUCCACCCAGCUUCCCCGAGUGUUAACUUUGUACAUCUUUUCUUUCCUGGAUCCCCGGAGUCUCUCCCGAUGUGCCCAGGUAAAUUGGCACUGGAACUACUUAACCCAGCUUGAUCAACUCUGGAUGCCAAAAUGUCUGCGGUUUGGAUGGCAUAUCAGCUUCUCUCCAACUCCAUUUGAGCAAGGAAUCUGGAAGAAACACUAUAUUAAGAAGGUAGAAGAAUUUCGAGUCACCAGACCUAAGACCCCACCCAAAAAUGGUUUUGUGGUGGCUGAUGUUCAGCCAAUAACAAAAGAUGUCCCAGAAAUAAAGCAGUCUUUGUUGUCAGUCCUCGAAUCAGCAUCUCUGUUAAGAAGGAAGAUAAACAAAGAGAAGAGAGAGCUCCCGCCUUGGCGUUCAUCAGAUAAGCAUCCAACAGAUAUCAUCCGUUUCAACUAUUUGGAUAACUUUGAUCCCAUUGAGCAGGCAAGGCAGGCGAGAAGAAAAGGAGGAGGUCUUACCCCAGACCUCAGUCAGUCAGCCUUUCAGAAAAAGAGGAAACCAGGCAGUGGAACAUACAAACUCAGAAAAGCAAAAUCUCUGCAUCCUAAUACUGAAUUAUCAAGAACCCAGGACUGUGGGAAUCAGAUGUCCCUCUCAGCCGAACUUGACUCACAGGCAGAAGUGGCAGUUCGCCCAAGCUGGGCUCUGCAUCAGCCAAACAGCUAUCCUCUGACUAAAUCAACAGCUAAAAUGUUUGCUCAGAGUGCUCAGUGGAAUGCUGAAAUACGUCCUGCGCCUGCUCGAAGGCCAAUCCCAAAACUGAGUGAGAAAGGAAAGAAAGCCUUUACCCGAACUAGCAGAAGCUCACCAACAUCACCACUGUUUGAAAGUCAGCCCUGGGAAGUUCCAUCAUCCAGCUAUGUAUCUGAUGCAGAGGAAGAAGCUGAAGAAAAGAGAACCUCAGCAUCACUACUGACUUAGUCUCCAAAAAGAAAAUGUCAAGCAAAAUGUCUCUUUCUCAAAGUUGGUGUUUGGACAAAGAUUAAGAAUCAAGUAGAUAGUUGACAGAUUUAUCAUGACUCCAUUUCCACAGUGAAUCAACUAACGGAUAUCUUGGUUUUAAAAAAUUGUGAAGCCAGGAACUUGUCAUGUGUCCUUGGAUUAUUUCCCAGCCUUAAUUUCUCAGCUGUGGAAUGCAAAUUGUCUUAAUGUAUUUCAUAGGAACAUUAUGAGGGUGAAUGUUAUGGGAUUACAAAAGCUCAAUUCUGCAUAGAUUUAUUUGUGUACUCAGUGAAAUUUACAGAUAAUUAGGUAAAUAAUUGCAGACGAAGGCACUUAGAAACUAAAACAAUGCAUCUGAAUGUAGAAUUAAACAAGUUGAAAAAUGGGGGAAUAUUAAAAAUUGGUGUAUAUGGUUGAAUCAUACUAAGUAAUAAUAGCUAAAUAACUAUCAUGACCUGGGCCAAAUGUAAUUUUCACAUCCAUUUCGACAUCUUUUCUUUCUGUCUAUCAUGAACAAAUGCUUAUAUGAGAUGAGUAUUUAAUGUAUAUAAGGAGAAAGGCAUGAUGUAUAUUAAAUAAAUAAUUAUCACCUUUUCAAGUCUGCCAUUAUGAACAUGAGGUUGAAAACUCCUUGGAAGGAGACAUAUCUUGCUUUGUUGAUGCUGUUUUAAAAGCCAUUCUGUAAUAUGACAAUGUUCACAGAGCACUGGAACAUACUAGUUAACUUGGACGUAAAUUGGGGACGGUCAAAUAUAAGACCAGGAAUAUAAUGUACCAAUUCACCAAUGAUGGUUAUGAUGAUGAUUGUUUAAUGUAAUUUAGCAUGUAGUACCUAUCAGCAUCUGUUCUAUAACCAAGCUACAAAAACAUUACUUGAUUUUUUUUUUUAAAAAAAACCACAAUAUGUAAUGGGAAGAAGGCAUUAGCUUGUCACAUUUUUUAAAAAACAAAAAACUAUACCCAAAUAGACUGACCCAGACUCAAAAGAGCCACGAAAGCCCUGGACCCUGGACAGAUAAUUUUUUUCUUUGUAUUCUCCCUAGAAGGGUUGGGAGAUGUUUUAUUUGGGGGGGGGGGAGAAACAAAAUAUAAAAGUGAAAUGUGAAAUAUAUGUGUCUAUAUGUGAGGGUCAGAUCUGCUAUCAUACUGCUUCAGCCUUGCUUCCUUUUGAUGGCAGCCUGCCAUAAAAUGUAGUGGGUGGGAGGCGAAAGGAGGAUACUGGGAGGGGGAAUGACAGGAACCAGAAAUGCCAACCAGAGACAACGGUUGAAUGAUCCAAGGACACUGGCAUGGGAACGGUUGAAUGAUCCAAGGACACCGGCAUGGUAACGGAGUGCAAAUGCUGAUCAAAGAGGCACCAAAUGUAGAACUGUUAUCCGAACAACCAAUUUGAACUUCAUUGGACAAUAGCAAGAUGACCAAGGGGAGGGCCCGGGGAAAGGGAAAAACAGCUUUGUGUGGGAAUCUUCAGAUUUGGCUUUUCUUAUAUUGUAAUCACUUGGCUUUAGUAAAAGUAUACCUUUCGCAACAAAUGGAGUC